AUGUUGUGUGUCGUCCAGAGUGGUGAUUCCGUAGGUAGUGACAGCUCCACCCUGACCCCGUCCACUGUGUGUGAGGUCCAGAGCCACCACCAGGGGGAGCCAGAGAGACGCCAGAGAGGACAGGACCACUCAGUUGAAGACCACCAUGAGAUCAGGACAGUGGUGAUGCAUAAGGUACUGACUACGGGGUCGGUGGAUGAGGACUGUGGAGGAGGACAGGGUCAGAGGGAUGUAGGGCUCCCCUCCACAGGAUCAGCUACCCUACACAACAACAUGAGUCCCCAGUUUUAUAGAACCAUCAGUCUGGACAGAGGAGCUCUGGGUCUCGGCUUCAGUAUAGUAGGAGGGUUCAGCAGUCCCCACGGAGACCUGCCCAUCUACGUCAAAACUGUCUUCGGAAAGGUAACUGUCUAUUUCAUUUAG